UUCUAAAGCCGGAAGUUUGGUAGUUUACCUCUGAACUGCGGACAGGCGCCAUGGCGGCCUACGAGCAGGUCCAAAAGGGGCCUUUGAAGCUGAAAGGCGUCGCAGAGCUUGGCGUGACCAAGCGGAAGAAGAAAAAGAAGGACAAAGACAAGGCGAAACUCCUGGAAGCCAUGGGAACGAGCAAAAAGAACGAGGAGGAGAAGCGGCGCGGCCUGGACAAGCGGACCCCGGCCCAGGCGGCUUUCGAGAAGAUGCAGGAGAAGCGGCAAAUGGAAAGGAUCCUGAAGAAAGCCUCCAAAACUCACAAGCAAAGAGUAGAGGACUUCAAUAGACACCUGGAUACACUCACGGAGCACUAUGACAUUCCCAAAGUCAGCUGGACGAAGUAGCUUCCCUGCCCCGGUAUGGAGUGGCACCGAGGGGAAACAGAAGGCCAACUUGGGAUUAUGUUUGGUGCCUUUGGUAUUUUCUGGAAACAUUCUUUUACAUACACCUUUGCAUCUUCUGCUGAGACUGUACUUCAUCAGAGCAGUGUGCCCUCAUUCUGGAACUUGAUUAAAUUAAGACUCUUUCACUCUAUUUUAGUUUCUCAUUAGCACACUGAAGAUUAACCUUUUUAGUUUGGACUGGAAAUUACUGAGAGUUUAUCCAGAGGUUAAGGUUAUUGCUGUGUAAGGGCCAUGGAAGUGUUUUUACACCCAAGUUGCAUCAAAUUCAUUUUGACAGGCAGCCAUCUACCCUUGCCUGGGUGAAACUGACUCCAGAAGAGAAGCUGCAACAGGCAGACCCCUGUGGGGCCCUGCAUGGGCUGCCUUUCACGCUUCUGUAGCUUGGGGCUUAUGCUGUUCCAUCCAGAGCCUGGGGAAGCCACUUGCAGUUUUGUGGCCUUCAGACUGCCUCCUCAGCCACCUGGCCAGGGAGAAUAACCACCCAAGGCAAGGAUGGGACAAACACCUUGCCCCUUUGUGAGCCGAGCUGGUGACUGGCAUGCAGCCUGUUCCCCCAGUAUCCCCAUUCCAACAUGUCAAGUGGGUGCUGCCAUGGCAGGUAUUGCCAGUCAAAUACUGUGUUCUUUGUAAUGGGACCCAGAUACCACCUGCCCCACUACUCUCGCCCCUGGGCUCCUAGCAGACCCAGAGUUUAUUCAGAGUUGGCACAUACAUGGAAAUCUGUUUGGAACUUCUGGCCUAAAGACUCCUCAGCAUGAUGGGACAGGGACAGAGCCCCUGCAUAGACACAGGUGCAGCCCAAGGGGAGGGCCCAGGUUCCAGUGCUGGAGAGCCAGGGUCUUUUGAGGGCCUGCUUGUCCCUGCCACAUGAGGGUCAGAGUGGGAGAAAAAGCCUUUGUUGACAUAGAUCUGGAAAAAAGAAUUCAGAAGAGAAGCCUAAGUGUUGGAUUUGUGGCUGUCAUAUAUGAGCUGCAAAAUAAAGCAAACCAUUUGUUAAACAUAA